AUGCACUUUACCCGUGUGUUCACACGAAGCCUCUCGCGGACGGGGCUCCGCAUUGCGUUUUUUGGCCUGGACGGGUUUUCCGUGGCGUCGCUUCAACACCUUCAUAAACUCCACCAAGAUCAACCGGGCGUAGUCGAUGCUAUCGAUGUCGUUAGCCGCACAAUUAAGCCUACAGGAAGAGGGAUGAAACAAAAGAAAGAACUACCCAUUGGUGAGUGCGCUCAGGCGCUUGGCCUUACGGUGAGACGUGCUGAUAGUGCUGAUGAUAUCAUUCGUUUGGGCGACGAAAACGAUUAUAAUAUGGUGGUGGCGGUGCUGUACGGUCAGCUUAUCCCCGCAGCUUUCAUCAGUCGGUGUGAGUAUGGUGGACUAAAUGUUCAUCCGUCGCUUCUCCCCAAAUAUUCGGGACUGCUGCCAAUCCAAUACGCCUUACUUAACGAUGAUUUGGCUACGGGAGUCACCGUACAACUGUUGCAUCCUACCAAAUUUGACCAUGGCGAUAUCAUCGUUCAGAGUGAUCCGGUGGCCAUUCACGCUCACGAUAAUUAUGCCCUGCUUGCGGAAAGACUUGGUGACCUUGGUGGGCGCCAUUUAGCCCUGGUAUUGGCUAAUCAGUGGUAUUUACCUACUCACCCUAGAGUGAAAAAGACUUAUGAGUUCAGUUUAGCUCGCAAAAUCAAACCAGCUCAGCUCCAGAUCAAUUGGCACCAGUUAGAUCUGAGACAAGUGAAGCGGAUGUACGAUGCUUUAGGGCCGUUAUACACUUAUAAAUUCGUUGACUUACCCAAAAAGCGGAAGCAGGAGUACCAGCGAGUGAUUUUACUGGGUAUCACCGAAGCUGAUGGCGGCAAAGAGCUUGCUCCUGGUCAAUUUGCCAUAAACGCAAGUACGGGAAAUUUAGAAGUGGGGUGUGCUGAUGACUCUAAAAUCAGUGUGACUAAGGUGAAACAACAGUGUUGUGAAGAAGAAACCCCGGCUAAGUUUACUGGUUCUCUCCGUAAACGCACGGGUGAUACUGACCCAGUGUUCGAAUGGAGAGAAUCUUAG